AUGACGGCUGUGGUUCAUGAGACGGAGGGAUUAUUUGGAUAUAUCUACUGUGACUUCUUCCAGCGGCAGAAUAAACCUCAUCAGGACUGUCACUUCACUAUCCGAGGGGGCCGCUGGCUCCAGGAGACGGGUCAGUACCAGCUGCCGGUGGUGGUUCUGAUGCUGAGUCUGCCCCAUCCCACCCAGAGGGCCCCCACCCUGCUGACCCCUGGCAUGAUGGAGAACCUCUUCCACGAGAUGGGCCACGCCAUGCACUCCAUGCUGGGACGCACCCGCUACCAGCAUGUGACAGGAACCAGAUGUGCGACUGAUUUUGCUGAAGUCCCGUCCAUCCUCAUGGAGUACUUCGCCUCCGACUACAGAGUCGUCAGCCAGUUUGCACGACAUUAUGAAACUGGACAGCCUCUGCCUAAGAGUAUGGUGGCUCGUCUGUGUGAGUCUAAGAAGGUGUGCGGCGCUGCAGACACUCAGCUCCAGAUUUUCUAUGCCGUCCUGGACCAGAUCUACCACAGCCAGCCUCAGAACCGCUCCACCACAGAAAUCCUGCAGGAGAUGCAGAAUAAAUUCUACGGCCUUCCUUACACGCCCAAUACGGCGUGGCAGCAGAGAUUCAGCCACCUGAUUGGCUACGGAGCCAAAUACUACUCCUACCUCAUGUCCCGCGCCGUGGCCUCCAUGGUGUGGAAACAGUGCUUCGUCCAGGAUCCUUUAAACAGGGAGAUGGGUGAGCGCUACCGUCGGGAGAUGCUGGCUCAUGGAGGAGCCAAGGAGCCAAUGCAAAUGGUGGAAGGUAACGAAUAA